AUGCCAUCUUGGGAGAUGUUGGAGCUGAUACGUCCUCUGGCAUGGGAGGGAAAUAUCCAGCGCACUAAUGCCCUUGUGCAAUAUCUAGUGACUCAUGCUGCGGACCGCCGGAUUCUAUUCAAUGAAGGAGGGAAGAAACCUGAUGAUGAAGGCCCUCCAUCUGGCAGCAACAAAACUAAGAUAUGCGCGGUGAUCGCACAGCACAUAUUUGAGACAGAUCAGGAGUAUAUGGGGUGGUAUUCUGAAGACCCGGCCAAGUUCACAAGCACAGUGACCAAUCGUUUAAAUUACCUUAUGAACAAAUACAAGAGACACUGCGGUCGCUUCUCACAGACUGGUGCAGGCAUUGACCCGUCUCAACCUAAUGCCAGCAAUAAUCUACUUGAACAAGUGAUCCUGGAGUUCCCAUGGUACAGCGCUCUCGACAACAUUUGGGGGCACAACCCUGCAUAUGCCCCCAAGACAUUUUCAUCCACUCAAGGGGUGAAUCACGCAGGUGACAUGAUUGCACUCAUGUCAAAGCACAAGGGAAAAGAAAAGGAGGUCCCUCCUGAUCUCGACGACAAAGUGAUGGAGACUGCCGAUGAUGGCCUUUCUCCCCCUGCCCCUGCCAUCAAUACCCCCCCUGCCCCUGCCGUCAAUGCUCCCCCUGCCCCUGCCAUCAAUGCUCCCCCUGCUCCUGCUGUCAACGCUCCUGCCAUCAAUGCUCCUGCCAUGGAUGCUCCCCCCGCUGCCCCCCACCUCAAUCCUCCCAUCGACUAUUAUACGCUGGAGGAUGACCACUUUUUUGAAAACCUGGAGGAGCAGCAAGGGGACUUUGAGAUGGGGGACCAGGAGCAGACAGGCCCCCAGGAUCGUGUUGCCGGCAAGCGCCCCUUCUCAUUGCCCUUGCCACCACCUACACCCCCCGCCCACCUCUCAUGGGACCUUCAGGUCCCAUGUGGGCUGCGCGAUGGGCGAUCACGACAUUCACUCACCCCCAUCACCCCAAUCCAUCACAUCAUCAUCGGCAGCAUCAUCAUCAGCAUGCACAAUUAUCCUCACAUCGGUUGA